UAUUUUUUAAUUUUAUAAAGUUAUUUUAUUUAAAUGGAGUUGGUGAAUAAAACUUCCCUUUUGGGUAUGGGAACUAAGGUCGUAGUUCAUCCCAUUGUUCUUCUCUCCGUUGUGGACCAUUACAACAGAUGUGCUCAGGGCACUUCCCGUAGAGUCGUUGGUACUAUUUUAGGCGAAACCAUCAGCGGAGAACUCCAUCUCACAAAUUCAUACGCCAUACCCUUUGAAGAAGACACUAAAAACCCGCUCGUUUGGUACUUUGACCAUAAUUACCACGAAAACAUGUUCAAAAUGUUCAAAAAAAUAAAUGCUAAGGAGCGUGUGCUUGGCUGGUAUAGUACUGGUCCGAAGUGUAAAUUGGCAGACUUGGAAAUUCAUGAAAUUUAUCGCAAAUACUGUCCGCAUCCAAUCUACAUCAUCGUAGACAUCACUCAAAAAGAUGAAUUACCUAUUGAGGCUUAUAUAUCUGUUGAGGAGCCUACCAGUGACUCUAGAUUCCGUAGAACUUUUGUCCAUGUUCCAUUCUCAGUUGGCUCUUUUGAUGCUGAGGAAGUUGGCUUAGAACAUCUUCUCAGAGAUUUAACCAAUUCAACCACCUCAACUCUUUCCAAAAAGGUUGAGAGUAAGAUUAGUGCUUUGAGAUCACUAGUGUCUAAGCUUACUGAGAUGGUUGAUUACCUUGGCGGUGUGAUUUCCGGAACUUACACGCUUAAUCCCUCAAUAGUAUAUAUGCUACAGGACAUUUUUAACAUGUUUCCUGCGAUGGACGAUGAGGAGUUAAUUGAGGCGUUUGCGAUUAAUAUGAACGACACGACCAUGACGUCAUACCUCGGAACUAUUAUCAGGACUAUGAUUGCACUUCAUAAUCUUAUAAACAACAUGGCAGAAAAUAAAAGAAGAUCACAACUCAAAUUGUCCUCCACAACUUAA